GUUUAUGCGCUAUGCAAGUUUGUCUGGAUUGACCUUUAAGCUUUAAGUCGUAAUUUGUGACGUCAUUUCCCUUAAGGUUUUUACGCCCUUCCUUUAGCUCUAAUCUUAAAUCCUCAAACGAUUUAGCGAAAUUUCAUUUCUGAACGGUUACAAACUUACGGCUUACAAUCGAUCGCGCAAUGUGAAAUUAGAAGCUGGUGUACGCAAUGUCAAAAUAUUAACGGGUUUACACUAUGGAACCGAACGCCGAUAUUCAGGAUAUUGAUAUCAUUGAGACAUCACAGGAAUAUAUCAAUGAUGAAAUUCUAAUUUUUCUUGUGAGAGAAAAUUCAGUGCUAUAUAUGAAAACACAAAAAGAUUACCAGAAUAAGGAACUGAAACUUGAUAUAUGGUAAAGUAUUGGGGAGACGCUUGGCUGCACAGGUUAGUAUUAAAAAUAAUAAAUAAAUUAAUUUAAAAAAUUAAAAAUGAUUAAAAAUUAAAAAAAGCAAAGUAGUAGAAGUUUGUUAAUAGCAAACUUCUAUUUUAAACUUGGUGACAUUAGGUGAGCAAGCAGAAGGGCGUUGGAAUUAAUACUCUUCGCAAUACAUUCACCAAGAAGCUACGGGAAAAGAAGACAGGUCAACCCAGUGGUUCAGGAUCUAAAAUGACAAAAAUUUGGAUUUACUUUAAACAAAUGUCUUUCCUGACACCGCACAUUGCACAUAGAAUGUAAAAGUACAUAGUUAUCUUUGGAGAAUACUUUAUUGUUUUGAUAAAAUAUCAAUAUUUUUGCUGCAAUCAUGUCGCGCAGCUCUAUAGCAGAUUCCCAGCAAGAAAAAAGUAUGACAUCACAAAGUAUUAUGGGGUCGUCGCUAGUCACCAAAGACAUUACAGUAAAGACAAUGUCAAGUUUAUCAAAUAAUGUAUUGAGUUUAAUGAAUGUGCCGAUAUGCUCUGAUGAUAGCAUUAGCAGUUCUUUAUGUGAUGAGUCCUUAUUAUCAGCAAAUAUUGCUACCUUAGACCAGCAAUCUCCUGUUACCUCGAAAGAUUGUGUGGACGAUGUAACUGAUUUGAAUAAUAGAGUGCAAAAGGAGAUAGCUGCUGACGUUAUUGUUACUGAGGCCAUGGGCAUUGCAAUCCAGAAGAAGAAAGUGGUGCCAGCUCCAGAUCGAUUUGCAGUAAAAAAGCAGAAGACAACGAAAACAGUCGAGAAUGUAUUAUGCCAGCCUUCUCAUGCCUUUGAUGUAAUGGCAACGGCAUAUUUGCAGCGUAAUUCUACUGCUCAGCAGCAGCAGCAGUCGCAGCAGCAGCACCCGUAUAUCACAGCAAUAGCUGAAGCAAUGAAACAAGUACCAGAUGAAAAGCAAUUGACUUGUUUCAUGUCGAUCAUGCAAGUAAUUUCAAUUUGCUUACAUGAUAAGCAAUUGCCAGGCAACUGAGAUA